AUGGGCGAUUCAGACAACAAGGUUACAGAGGAGAGGAUCGAGUCGACUUCUGAUCUUCCCCAAAAGCCUCCUGUUGACAAUGUCGAUUACAAGCCAAAUGUACAGCUGGCUGAUGGAGAGAACACAUACCUCAUUCCAACGCCUAGUUCUGACCCGCGUGACCCCUUAAACUUGAGCAAACUACGAAAAUGGAUUAUCACGAUGACCUGCGCUACAUUUGCCGCCGUCGGUCUAGUUCAAGUUUCUGGACUCGGCGCACUCUUGGGCGAAUUCAUCCCGGAAUACCAAGCCGAGGGCAAGGGGAGCUACGAAGACAUAUCUCAUCUCAUGACCUAUCCUUCUCUAUUCAUGGGUCUCGGCAACCUCAUCGGAAUGCCUUUGGCUCUCGCCAUCGGACGCCGACCCGUCUUCCUGGGUUCUUGCGCUCUAGCUGUUGUGGGGUCAAUUCUUUGCGCAACGGCCAAGGGCUACAACGCGCAUCUCGGUGCUCGAAUGGUCCUCGGCUUGGCAGCUGGUCAAAGUGAAGCUCUAUGCCCUUUGAUGGUUCAAGAAGUCCACUUUCUACACGAGCGAGCCCGGUGCUUGAUGUGGUUCACCCUCUGGCAGUCAACCCUCAGCGCUGUAUACUCCCUUCUCACCUCCUACAUCGCCGCCGGCAUCGGGUCUUCGGGAUGGUACUUCCUCGGCGCUGGCUUCUCCGCUCUGACAUUCCUCUUUGCUGUCUUCAUGGUUCCAGAAACCAAAUACGACAGACCUCUUGCUGCGUACCAGGGCCAGGAAGCCGCAGUAUCACGGUUUGUCACUGCCCGUGCCCCGGGCGUUGACGAUACCACUGGCGUCUACACCGAAAUGCUCACCCGAAAAACCACUACUGAGCCUCGCACGCUCGACUUUGUCAACUUCAAGCCCCGCACCUUCGCCUCCGACCUCCGUUUGCUGAACCAGAAGCCCGAUUGGAAAGAGGGCUGGCAAUGCUGCACUGGCAUGGCCAUUGUCACAUUUUUCCCUGAUAUGUUGUGGGCUCUUUUGCUCAACGGCUUGACCAUCGGCGUCAACAUUGCACUGGGUACUACCUAUGGAGAGAUCCUACAAAAGGCUCCAUACAGCUGGGACUCAUCCGUAGUAAGCUUUGCAUUGACGGGGCAAAUCGUUGUUGCUUUCCUGGCUUUGCCUCUGUUGGGACGUGGCUCUGAUUGGAUCAUUCAAUUCUUCGCUCGUCGCAAUGGCGGUUUGCACAAGCCUGAGUACCGACUGAUUCCCCUCAUCAUUCCCCUUAUCGUGGGCACUAUUGCCUCGGUGAUUUAUGGUCAGGCGGCCGAGCAUCCUGAACGAUACCACUGGUUUGCAAUUGUGUUCGCCAUAAAUGCCUACUACUUUGGCUUUGUUGGCGCGAACCAGGUCGGCAUUACAUAUGCUCUCGACGCCUACCCGACUCGCUCUGGGCCUGUUCUGGUCAUCAUUUGCGCUAUGCGUGGCGUCAUUUCCUUUGGCACUAGCUACGGAGUGACGCCUUUCGUAAAGGCGAUUGGGUAUGAUGGAGCUUUUGGCGUUUACGGUGCUCUUACAGCUGGGAUCGGAGCCCUUGGCAUCUUUGUCUUUAUCUGGGGUACUCAGAUUAGGGCCAUGGUUUCCAAGUGGGCUGUUGCCGACACCUCUGCUUCACCAUCUUACAACCAUUAG